CAUUAUCAGUUAGAAUUAAUUUAAUCAUAGAACUCUUCAUAUUCAAGGUCUUUAAAUUUCCUCAUUGUAGGAAAGAUAAGCUACGCAGUAUCGAGUUGAAGAAGAUUGUAACGUAUAUCAUAGAUAACAAUGUAGAGAUAAAUUGAAGAUUAAUUAUGCAUAUGUUAUUCAUUUGUUCCAUACAAAAAAGAUUUUUUUAAGUAAAUUAGCAAGUAUAUAUAAUAUGAUCUAAGGUUAUGUUUACAUCUUGAGUUUAUUAUAUACCACGCAGAUGUUUCGUAAAGUUUACGUCGGUAGAAACUUUCUAGGUGCUGUAAAUGCAUCAAGAAAAGCUUCUACCAAUCCUUCCAAUAGGAUAAAAGAAUUUCGAGAAAAAUUAAACACCUAUAGCGAUGAUAUAUUAACGGAUUCAUUUGGAAGACGUCAUACGUAUCUUAGAAUUUCAAUUACAGAGCGUUGUAAUCUGCGUUGUACUUAUUGUAUGCCAGCAGAAGGUGUAAAAUUAACUGCGAGAGAUGGAAUCUUAAAGACAGAAGAAAUAAUUAGGCUAGCGGAUCUGUUUACCAAGGAAGGCAUAUGUAAAAUACGAUUGACAGGUGGCGAGCCUACAGUUCGCAAAGAUGUCGUUGAUAUUGUUGCUGAAUUAAAGAAGUUAAAAAAUUUAGAACAAGUUGCAAUUACAACAAAUGGCUUAACGCUGACUCGUCAAUUGCCGGCUCUUCAAAGAGCAGGUUUAGAUGCUUUGAAUAUUUCACUCGAUACUCUUAAAGCAGAUCGUUUCGAGCGUUUUACACGCAGGAAAGGAUGGGCAAAAGUUAUGGCUUCGAUAGAUUUAGCCGUUCAACUGGGUUAUAAUCCAGUAAAAGUGAAUUGUGUGGUAAUGCGAGGCUUUAAUGACGACGAACUAGUUCAUUUUGUUAAUAUGACUAAAGAUCGUCCAUUGGAUAUACGUUUUAUAGAAUAUAUGCCAUUUGAUGGGAACGAAUGGAAAGAAAAUAAGAUGGUUUCAUUUGAUGAAAUGAAAAAAAUUAUUAGGCAAACUUAUCCUGAAUUUCAAGCACUUCCAAAUAAAGCGAACGACACGUCGAAGGCAUAUCAAGUCCCUGGUUUUGUAGGACAAAUAGGCUUCAUUACAUCAAUGACUCAUAAUUUUUGCAGUUCUUGUAAUCGAUUAAGAAUUACAGCAGAUGGAAAUUUGAAAGUUUGUUUAUUUGAAGGAGAAAGUGAAGUUUCCUUACGAGACGUUCUUCGAAAUGAAGGAUCAGAUGAAGAUUUAAAGAAUAUAAUUCGUAACGCAGUAUGGGGAAAGAAGAAGCAGCAUGCAGUUAACCGAAAAGAAAAACUUUCUUGUAAAACGCAAAUGCAACGUGAAACACGUAAGAUACUUUUAGAAGAAAACUUUUGUUGGCGGAACUACGCACCGUAUUCGGAUCUCUUUUCUCAGAAUCAUCGAGUUGCUAGAAUGUAUUCUACGCUUUCUCAUAUAGAUGACAUUGGGAAAGCUAAUAUGGUUGAUGUUGGAGAUAAAAAUGAAAGCAAACGGGUAGCAAUAGCUAGAGGAGAGGUUCAUGUAGGACCAAUUAUAAGUAAAUUGAUAGCAGAAAAUAAUGUGAAAAAGGGAGAUGUGUUAUCUGUGGCACAAUUAGCUGGUAUAAUGGCUGCUAAACAUACUUCAGGAUUAAUACCAUUGUGUCAUCCUUUAAGUAUAUCAUAUGUAAAUGUAUGCUUAACGUUAAACGAAGAAUUGCAUCUGGUAGAAAUUGUAGCUGAAGUAAGAUGUACUGGAAAAACUGGAGUAGAAAUGGAAGCUUUGACAGCCGUAUCCGUGGCUGGACUUACGAUUUACGACAUGUGUAAACACGCAAGUACUACACACCCGAUGAAGAUAACCAACAUAGAAUUAGUAUUGAAAACAGGUGGUACAAAGAAUAUUUAUUUACAAAGUAAAUAGUAAAAAGUAAAUUGGUGCUACACAUUGCAUAGGUAAUGUCGAUGUUGAAUAUUUUUUUAAGUACAAAUAAUUAUACAACAUUUGUAUUCGUGUAGAACCGUGUAUAAUGUAUAAGAAAGUUAAGCCAUUAUUUUUGAUAACAAUGAUUGUUAAUAUUAAUGUAUAAUAUAGAAUUUUAUACGAUAAUAUUUAUCGAUGUUCAGGUAAUAUAUAUAGUUUGUUAUUUUCUAUAAAUUUUUAUCAGUACUUGGAAGGGAUAAAAGGAAUGUCACAAAUGUCUAUGAAUUGUAUAUGUAUAUGAUUCUUAAUAAACUAUAUAAUAUUUAUUUUUGAUAUACGAAUAACUCGUUAGUUUUUACUAUUACGUUGAACGGCUUGAAAAAGUAAGAAAAAAGCAGCAAUUGUAAGACGAUGUAUCGAAAUAAAUUAUCAGUAAUACAAAGGAGAAACGAUACGAUA